AUGAAACUUCAACUGCAACUCUCUGGUCUUUCAAACAGGGCUAUUGCUAGGAGAAGCAAAGGUCAAGGGCGAAACCACAAUAAAGGGUGUGGCGGGCUGUGUACCAUAGUUGUCUUGCCCCACUUCUGCCAGUGUGGCUCCCACCCACCCCAUACGAGUAAUUUGAAGAAGUCCACCGACAAUUUCUCAAAAGCUUUUGCGUCCAACUUUGCGACCCCAUCCCCAUGUGAGGCCGUUGAAAAGUUUUCAGCCACAAACAAAGAAGGAACAGUACUUGAAAGAGAGAGGGUUUUCCAAGGCCAAGAUUACAAGUUCAUGUUAUCUACGUCUGCAGAGAAGAUAAAAGAGAUGGCUUUGAUCGGAGAGGCUUUUAUCUCUGCUUCCGUCCAGGUGUUGUGCAACAGAAUUACUUCACCCGAGUUCGUUGACUUAUUUCGGCACAAGAAACUCGAUGAGCCACUCCUGAUGAAUCUGAAGACGACACUGUUGACCUUAUAUGCAGUUCUCGAUGACGCAGAGGAGAAGCAAAUUAGGAAACCUGCUGUGAGGGAUUGGCUCGACGAGCUCAGACAUGCUGUCUUUGAUGCAGAGGACUUACUGGAUGAGAUCGACACGGAAGCUUUACGAUGCAAGUUCGAAGGUGAAGAUCAAACCGGAAAAUUUACCAACAAGGUGCGGAACUUGCUCUUUUCUUCUCGUAAUCAUUUUUAUCAGAGCAUGAAUGAUAAGAUACAAGAGUUACUAGCAAGGUUAGAAAAUUUUGUGCAACUGAAAAGUGCUCUAGGUCUGAGAGAAGAUGCUGGCCGGAAGGUUUCACAAAGAACUCCAACAACUUCCUUGGUUCAUGAACCUUCUGUCUAUGGUAGAGAUGAAGUCAAAGAAAAUUUCUCAAAAGUGUUGCUAUCUGAUGAUGCAAGCAAGGAUGAUGUGUCUGUCCUCACCAUUGUUGGAAUGGGCGGGGUUGGCAAGACAACCCUUGCCCGAUUGCUUUACAAUGACGAGAAGGUGAAAGGUCAUUUUACAUUUCAAGCUUGGGCUUGUGUUUCAGAAGAUUAUGAUGCUAUUAGGAUAACUAAAACUCUUCUUGAGUCAGUCACUUCAAAGCCUUGUAAUACGACAGAUUUGAAUUUGCUUCAAGUUGAACUAAGAGAACAACUGAGGGGAAGGAAAUUUCUAUUUGUAUUGGAUGACCUAUGGAAUGAGGAUUAUACUGAACUGAUGUUCCUCCAAACUCCUUUUAUGUCAGGAGCAAGGGGAAGUAAAGUCAUCAUAACAACACGGAACAAAAAUAUAGCAUCCGUCAUGCAAAAUGUUCCUAUUCAAUACUUGGAACCACUGUCACAUGAGGACUGCUGGUUGUUACUUUCAAAACAUGCAUUUGGAAAUGAAAACUGUAGUGCACAUCCAAACUUGGAAGACAUUGGAAAGCAAAUUGCACUCAAGUGCAAAGGGUUGCCUUUAGCUGCACAAACACUUGGGGGUUUGUUACGUUGCAAUAUAGAUUUCGAGUACUGGAGUAGAAUACUAAAUGACAGUUUCUGGGACCAACCCUAUAAUACAACUAACAUUCUUCCGGCUCUAGGGUUGAGUUACCAUUAUCUUCCUGCUCAGUUGAAACGAUGCUUUGCUUAUUGUUCAAUUUUUCCAAAGGAUUAUGAGUUUGAAAAGGAAGAUAUAGUUCAAUUAUGGAUUGCAGAAGGUAUAAUUCCACAAGCUAAGAAUGGAAAAAGGAUAGAAGCAUUGGCUAGAAGAUACUUUGAUGAGUUGUUAUCACGAUCGUUGUUUCAAAAGUCAAGGAAAUUGAGCUUCAUUAUGCAUGAUCUCAUUAAUGACUUGGCUAUGUUCAUGUCUCAAGGGUUUUGCCUUAGGCUCGAAGGUGGGGUAUCUCGUGAAGUUAAAAGAGCUCGUCAUUUGUCAUAUGCUAGGGGAAAAUUGAUGAUGCUCCAAGAUUUGAACCAUUAUAUGAGGCUAAAUUUACCUGAUUCUAUUGCAAACCUCAUUCACUUGCGCUACUUGGAUCUUUCCCAUACCGCAAUCGAAAGGUUACCCGGGAAAUUGACGUUGGGAGGUUGUAGCUCUCUUAUUAAAUUGCCUGAAGGCAUGAAGGAGUUGAUUAAUUUGCAUCAUCUUGAUGUCAGUGGAACUAAAAUUGAAGAGAUGCCUGUGCGAAUGGGUAGACUGAAAAGUUUGAGAACAUUGACUUCGUUUGUUGUGGGCAACUCUACUGGGUCAAGCAUAAGAGAACUGAGGGAGUUCCCGCAGCUUCGCGGAAAACUAUCAAUUUUGAAGCUACAAAAUGUAGUUGAUGCGAGGGAUGCACUGCAAGCCAAUAUGAAGCACAAGAAAGAUCUCAAGGAGUUAGUGUUUUCAUGGGGUGCAGAGGAUGCUAAUGAUUCCCAAAAGGAGAAAGAUAUACUCGACAAGCUCCAGCCUUGUGGGAAUUUGGAGAAAUUAACCAUCAGAUUCUAUGGUGGAACCAAUUUUCCGAAUUGGUUAGGAGACUUGUCUUUUUCUAACAUACAAGUCGUGCAUCUCAGUGACUGUAGUUAUUGUUGGUCGCUCCCACCAGUUGGGCGGCUACCGGCACUCAAAGAGCUCUGUAUAGAAAGAAUGAAGUUUGUGAAGACGAUUGGCGUUGAAUUCUAUGGCAGAAAUGGAGCUUAUCUGACUCAGCCAUUUCAAUCUCUGGAGAAGCUGAAGUUUAGGGAGAUGCCAGAGUGGGAGGAAUGGGUACCAAGUGGAAGUGCAAGUGGAGGUGAAUAUGGUCCAGACUUUCCUCGUCUCCAGGAACUGAUUCUAAACAAUUGUCCGAAACUGAGAGGAAGUUUGCCUUGUGAGCUGCCUUGGUUAAAGAAGUUUACGGUGUCUGGGUGUGUGGUUUUACAUGAUGGAAGGGCCACUACCACAACUACCAAUAGUCUUAACUAUAAAUCUCUUGAAGAAUUGAAAAUAGAAGACAAAGCUCUGUUAUCAUUAUUAGAGACAAAGCUCCUGUCCCGACUUGAGAUGGAAAAUGUUGUUGACGUACAGUGCUUGUCCUACUACAAUCGUCUUCAAAGUUUGACUCUUUCGAAUUGUCCAACGCUGUCGUCGUUUCCUAAAGAUGGCCUACCCAGUACGUUGACAUCACUUAAUAUAAACAAUUGUAGGAAAUUAGAAUUCCUACCUCAUGAGAUGUUGGCCAAAUUAACAUCGCUUGACACUUUGCGUAUAUAUCAAAGCUCUGAUUCAAUGAGGUCCUUCCCGUUGGGCAGUUUUCCCAAAUUGACGGCUCUUAGCAUUUGGGAUUGUGAGAAUCUGGAAUCCCUUUCCUUGAUUGAAGAAGAAGGAGCUGUUGAGAAUCUCAGCCAUCUCAAUGACUUGCAAGUCUAUAAAUGUCCAAAAAUGGUGUGUUUUCACGAGGGAGAAUUGCCCACUCCCAACCUGAUUCGGUUUGAAGUCGGUGAAUGCGAGAAUUUGAAGUCAUUGCCCGAACGCCUUCAUGCCCUCACAGCCCUUCGAGGUUUGCAUAUACAGAGUCUUCGGAAUCUGGAGUCAUUUGCAGAAGAUGGGGGUUUGCCUCCCAACCUCCGAUAUUUUGGGAUUGUGAAUUGUGAGAGACUGAGGGCUUCAUCAGUGGGAGAGUACUGGGGUUUGCAAGCACUUGUCUCCCUUGAAAAAUUUCGUAUCAGUGGAAGUGACCGUGUCUUGGAGACGUUGCUCAAAGAACAGGUGCUCCCUACCACUCUUCACACUCUCCGCAUCUAUUCUCUAUCAACUCUGAAAUCUUUGGAUGGAAAGGGUCUUGGACACCUCAAUUCUCUUCAAGUGCUAGAAAUUAACAGCUGUCCAAGUCUGGAAUUCCUGCCAGGAGAGGAACUUCAACACCUCACUUCUCUUCAAAAUCUAUACAUUUGGAACUGUCCCAGUCUCCAAUGCCUGCCAGAAGAGGGUUUGCCGCCAUCUCUUUCUUAUCUGCGUAUCCUCUUUUGUCCUGCACUGGAGAAAAGAGUUACUUCAGCCGAGUUCAUCGACUUAUUUCGUCAGAAGAAACUCGACGAACCACUCCUCGUGAACCUGAAGACGACACUGUUGACUUUGUUGGCGGUGCUCCAUGAUGCAGAGGAGAAGCAAAUUGUGAACCCUGCCGUGAGAGAGUGGCUUAAAGAGCUCAAGCAUGCUGUCUUUGAUGCAGAGUACUUACUGGAUGAGAUUGACACUGAAGCUUUGCGAUGCAAGUUGGAAGGAGUCAGCCACACAGAAUAA